CAGUGUAGUAAAACGGUGAAUUUCACAACCACUAACACGGACGAUGCAACGUGACUUUUAGUAAAUCACGUGCUCCCCACCGACUAAUCAUAUCCCUCCCUUUCCCUCACUCCGCCAACAGUGUCGGGGUUAUGCUUUCUUUUUUUUAAGAACGUUACACACACUUGAUGUCUUUUAGGGUGUCUCAUCAUUUUCAUCACUUCUACACUAAGUCAAUGAUUUCAUAUUGGACUUAAUUAUUCAUUCCUAAUCAUCGCAGACAUUAUACAAACAACAUACAACGUGCGUGAAUGUAUGAAUGAAGACUGCAAGUCGAAGCGAUAGCAAGAAGACAACCACAAAGCAAGUGCGAAGUUGGAUAUAUUUUAUGAUAUUCGGUUUUAGGAUUAACAUUUUUUCCUUUCAAAUAAGUAUCCAAAUCACAUCAACAAUGAGGCGUUUACUACACAACACAAUCGGUGACCAGUCUGGGUCAUAACAAAUAUUCACUGGAAAGCCUUUGGAUUAUACUUUUAUUCACAAUACUUAUUCUUUAUAUCUAUUGGAAUAUUUGAUCAGUGUUGUUUUCGUGUUCAUCUCUCUCUCUCUCUAUCUAAAUUCCUUGCACACUUUACAACACAUUAUUAUCUAUUUAUUUUAUAUAAAUCUCAUACCAUCUGCAGCAAGUUUUCAAUAACAAAUAUUGCAUUUAUAUCUACAUAAAAACCAUCAUCCCAAUUAUGUCUAAUGAAUCGGGUAAACAUGUCAUUCAUUGGUUUCGCAAAGGGUUGCGUCUUCACGACAACCCGGCGCUAAUGGAAGCUUUGAAGGGUGCCACAACUCUUCGUUGUAUUUACACAUUGGACCCAUGGUUUGCUGGAUCCUCGCAAGUUGGAAUUAACAAAUGGGGAUUUCUAUUGAAUUGCCUGGAAGAUUUGGAUGAUUCAUUACGGAAAUUAAAUUCCCGUUUGUUUGUAAUCCGUGGACAACCUGCUAAUAUGUUUCCUCAGCUAUUUAAAGAAUGGAAUAUCAACACACUAUCUUUUGAAGAUGAUCCUGAGCCAUUUGGAAAAGACCGUGAUAAUGCCAUCUGUACGUUAGCAAGAGAGGCUGGUGUUGAAGUGAUCAUUAGAACCUGCCACACAUUAUAUGAAUCUCAAAAGAUCCUUGAUUUAAAUGGUGGUCGACCACCUUUAACAUACAACAAAUUUCAGAAAAUUCUAGAAAAUAUGAAAAUGCCACCAAAACCAUUAGAUAUUAUUACUGCCAGUGAUUGGGGAAAUUGUCAAACACCACUUUCCAGUGAUCAUGAUGACAAAUAUGGAGUUCCAACAUUAGAAGAUCUUGGGUUUGAGACAGAAGGCCUUGACUUGGCACAUUUUCAUGGUGGAGAAUCAGAAGCAUUAGCAAGACUAGACAGACAUUUAGAACGCAAGUCAUGGGUGCUUGUUAUGGUGAAAUUUAAAUGAAAUGUGAUGAAGUUGAAAUGUGUUCACAUUUACCAAUUAAAAUGAAUGUUUUUGUUAUCAUAAUUUAUAUAAUAUUUGUUGAUUAUUCCUGUAUUCUAUUCUCAGAUCAAAAAGAAAAAUAUACCACCUCUUUCACUUCAUGGUCAACUUCUCUGGAGAGAAUUCUUCUAUACAGUUGCCUCAAACAAUCCUAGAUUUGAUCAGAUGCUGGGAAAUCCAGUCUGUGUACAGAUUCCUUGGGACACAAAUCAAGAAGCAUUAGCUAAAUGGGCAGAGGGUAUGACAGGUUUUCCUUGGAUUGAUGCCAUCAUGAAACAGUUACGGAAAGAAGGCUGGAUUCAUCAUUUAGCCCGACACUCGGUUGCUUGUUUCCUAACUCGCGGAGAUCUUUGGUUAUCAUGGGAAGAAGGCAUGAAAGUAUUUGAUGAACUGCUGCUUGAUGCUGACUGGAGUGUCAAUGCUGGAAUGUGGAUGUGGCUGUCAUGUAGUUCUUUCUUUCAACAAUUUUUUCAUUGCUAUUGUCCUGUUGGAUUUGGCAAAAGAAUAGAUCCAAAUGGUGAUUUUAUCAGACACUACUUACCUAUUUUGAAACGUUUCCCAGCAAAAUACAUCUAUGAACCUUGGAAUGCUCCUGAAAGUGUUCAGAAGACUGCUAAAUGUAUUGUUGGAAAAGACUAUCCUGUACCAAUGGUGACUCAUUCAGAAGUAAGUCGGAUAAAUAUGGAGCGAAUGCGUCAAGUAUACCACAGGCUAACAAUGAGAACGCCAGCAGUAAUCUCAAAACCAAUCCACUCUAGAGAAAAUUUAACUUAUUCCAGAAUUUACCAUAGAAAUCCCACAACUAAUGGAAUAUUACUGAUGGGAUUGAACUGCAAUUCUGCUGGAUCAAAUAGAAAAGAAGUCACUCAAGAUAUUUAAUUCUUUAACACACUGUCCUUAAUCCUAUUCCAGAUUUCCUUCCCACCUCUUCCAUCUAAACAACAAUAACAGACACAUUUUAAUUAUUUUGCAUUUCAUUGUAAAUAUUUUACUGAGGUCUAGAUAUGAGUAUU